CACAUCCACAAUCCACACAACUUUGUGCCGAGUCAUCGCGACAGACACGCGCACCUCCGCCCCGGGACUGUGCGCUCCUCCCCAGGUCCGCUCAUCAUCAUCAUCAUCAUCAUCAUCACCACCACCACCACCACCAUCACCGUCCGCCCGCACAGGAGUGAGAUGUCAGGCGCGGUGAAAGAUGAACCGAGAGCACCGUGUGAGUGUCCGAAGGCUGAAACGAUCCACAUUGCCGUCAAAAGUGUCACAGACAGCAGAGACUUCAACGUCAGAGGAGACUCUACCGUCAGACAGCUGAAAUGUGGUCUAGCAGAGCCCCGAGGGGUCCCUGCAGACCAGCUGGUGUUGAUCCACUCCGGCCGGGUCCUAAAAGAUUCAGAACUGCUGAGUCACCUCAAACAACAGGAUGGGUUAGUCAGCCUGUGCAUGAUCCAAAGGCCUCAGCUUUCGUCUGUGGUUUCCACCAAUGAUUCAGCUUCAGAACCGGUCCAGUCAGAGCUCACAGCUGUUCUUCACCCUGAACCUGAAAACCUCACACCAUCUCCCACCUCCCCCCUCUGCCUGGUGGAAGGUCUGGACAGUCUUGGCCUAACAAACAACGGGCCUGGCUUCUUCCCUGCACUCCAGCGCCAGAUGGAGAAGCAGCUGCUGGCUGACCCAGAGAUGGUUCACCAUCUCCUGGGCAGCCCCUUUGUGCAGGGUACCCUCUCUAACUCCAGCCCUCAGCUCACCAGACAGCUCAUUCUGUCUAAUCCCCAAAUCCAGCAGCUCCUACAGACAAACCCAGAGGUGGGAGAUGUUCUCAACAACACAGAUGUUGUUACACAGGUUUUAGAGCUUAUCAGGAACCCUGACAUGAUACAUCAAGUGAUGCGUAAUGAAGACAGAGCAUUAAACAAUCUGCAACCAGAGCAGGACAACUCUGAAACCAUCACUGGUGAUCCUGAUGGCCUUCAAGAAAAUGACAAUAUCAAACGAUCACAAAGCCAGAUAGGAGUGCCUCCAGUGGUGUCUGCAUCAUCUGGGAAUCAACAGCCACCCAAAAGAGGAAGAAAGAAGACUCCAUCUCUCUCCAGCUGCCCCACAGAUCCUCUCAUAUAUCUGAGUGCCACACCCACACCUGAUCCAAACCCUCAGCCCACUAUUACUCCAGGUAUGCAGUCACUGCUAGAAGAGAUCACGGCUAGUCCAGGACUGAUGGAGAGCCUGAUGUCUGGGCCGUAUAUCAGCUGUCUUCUGAAUUGCCUCAGCCAGAAUCCUGACCUGGCAGCACAGAUGUUGCUGAGCCAUCCUUUGUUCUCAGGAAAUCCUCAGCUACAGCUGCAGAUGAGACAGCAGCUGCCUCUGUUCUUAGAACAGAUGCAGAGUCCAGAGCUGCUGUCAACCAUGUUGAACCCCAGAGCCAUGGAGGCUCUGCUUCAGAUCCAACAGGGCCUCCAGACUCUGACUACAGAGGCCCCUGCCCUCAUACCUGCGGCUGAACCUGGAAACACUGGAGCCAAUGUUAAUGCUGCCCCUGAGCACGGGCCUGACUCUGUCCCAAACAACCAAUCAGGAAGUGGUCCUCAGGUAGCCACAGUGACAGAGCAGCAGCAGCUGUUUGUACAACAGAUGUUGCAGGCGCUGGCUAGUGCUAAUCGUGAGGUCCAUCGUGAGGAGGCUGAUUUUCAGGAGGAGCUGGAGCAGCUGAGCUCUAUGGGCUUCACAGACCGACAGGCUAACCUUCAGGCCCUCAUCAGCACCGGAGGAGACCUCAUCACUGCUGUACAACAUCUGCUCAGUCAGUGACACACAGAUGUUUCUCUGUCCACAUGCUGUAUGUGCACACAUAAAUGAAUGCACCUGUACUAACAUUUACAUGUAAGUCCCUACAAUCCAACAGUCAUACAUGCUGUACUUUUUAAGACACAAUUCAUUCAGGAACUUCCCACACUAACCUCUGUCUGCUGUUGUAAAUUGUAUUCAGCCCUCGCAUUAGUCACACUUGUACACUUAGCACUUACUUUUUAUAAAGAGAGAACUGAGAAAACUUACACAUACAGGAGGAUUUUCCUCCCCAGAGUGAGAGCUUUGGAUUAAUAUUCGGGUAGAAAUUGAAGAAUACACUCACAUUCAUUCACUCGUACUUGAAUCCACCUAACAUACUGUAGCGCAACUGCAUACAUAUUCAGAAUCAAGUCAUGUAUUAUUAAUCUCUGUACAGCCACACGAUUGAGCUCAGGCCCCUUUUCAUCCCGCCACCUGGUCAGAUUCUAAUGAAAGCUUUUAACACCCAGAGACAGUCAGAUGUCCUGGAAGCACACAGACGAUUCACACUCUCAGGCAACAGAUUGAACUACGAACACAAUCUGCUGUGUGUUGUUUCUGCUCUCUCUUGCUGCCACCAUAAGCUGUUAAGACACAGAUAAUUAUUAAUCUGUAAAGGUACACCCAACUGCAAAAGAUGUAUUUAAUAUGGAGAGCAUGACUUUGUGCACAGCCAAAAAGUGGUCGAAUAUCAGUGUUUAUCUUGAUGCUACAUAGGAACAGAAAUUAUGAUCUGCACAGCUAAGCUGCUCAUCCUGUGCAUAGGAGAAAAAGUCUAUUAGGCUAGAAAAUGAGAGUCCAAACCCGAAAAAAAAAGAAUUUGAACCUUUUUGGACCUUACAACACAACCUAUAAUGAUGAUGAUUAUGAUUUACUAUGCAUAAGGAGCCAGUUAGAAAGCUCAUGUGCUUUCCUUCAGUUUAGCUCCAGUAAAUAUACAGUAUCACGCUGCAGUGUUUGUGUGGUACAUUUUAUAUCCUUUUGGAUUUCACUAGCAAACUGCAACAUACUCUCACUCAUUUAGCUGACUUGUGGCUCUGACAUAAUCAGUGGAAACUGUUGAAUGCUAUUAUCACAUGCUGUUACUUUUGCAUCAGCUCAAUGCUGUUUGCCAGUAGAAGUUAAUAUAUGUUCAUGGGACAUUCUCCACACCAGGCUCCUCUGCUUUCGUCAUGUAAAGCAUGUUAUGUUCCUUCCAUGCAUUGGUCUUCAUGGUGUAAUGAACAGUUGUUUUGCAUCAGUACAGUAGUUUUAGAGGGCUAUGCCAAUGAAUAAGAGUUUGGUUCUGGUUGGUCAAAACACGAUAUCACCUUGAGCAUCACCUGUCAGUCUCAAUAAAGACAAAA